AUGCACACCCUGUUUCGGAAACUGGCCGCGUCAGCGGUUGCCAUUUCCUGCGGUUUCGCCACAGCCGGUGCCGCCUUCGCCGCCGACUAUGUCGCAAAAAUCGGCCAUCUGGAAUCGACGCAGCAGUCCCGCCACAUCCACCUCGAAAAGGUCGCCGAACUGGUUCGGGAGCGCACGGGCGGUGCAGUCGAGUUCCAGAUCUUCCCGCAGGGUCAGCUCGGCCAACAACGCGAGAUGACGGAGGGCGUUCAGCUCGGCACACUCGAGGCGACCGUUGCCCCGGCCGCCUUCCUUGGCGGCUUCAAUCCCGCCGUUUCGGUCCUCGACAUCCCUUUCCUUCUGCCCAAUGACGACGAGGCCGCCCAGCAGAUCCGUGGCGGGCCGUUCGGCGAAGAGCUGUGCGACAGUUUCACCGCGCGCGGUGUGAUCUGCGUCGGCCUUUGGCCGAAUGGACGCAAGAAUUUCACCUCCAACAAGAUGAUCGACUCGAUAGAGGCGUUCGAGGGCCAGAAAUUCCGCGUCAUGGAUUCCAACAUCCUGAUCGAGCAGUUCAACGCGCUUGGAGCCUCGGCGAUAGCACUGCCCUUCGGCGAACUGUACACCGCGCUUCAGACGGGCGUCGUCGACGGCCAGGAAAAUCCGCUCGACACCAUUCUGAAGAUGAAAUUCCAUGAGGUGCAGGACUAUCUGGUUGUCUCCAAUCACGGGGCGAUGGAGGAUGUGAUCCUCUUCAACCCAGCCUUCUGGGAAAGCCUGCCCGAGGAACACCGUGCCGAAAUUGUCGGCGCCUUCAACGAGGUCAUUCCGGAUCUGAUCGCGCACAAGGCCGCGGCGGUCGAGGCCGCCUUCGAGGAAAUCCACCAGGGCGACAUCGAGGUCUUCGAACUGAGCGACGAGCAGAAGGCCGCCUACCGUGAGGUGAUGUAUCCGGCCGCGCGUGCCGCCUUUAUCGAGCGGGCCGGCGCCGAGGGCGAAGCUCUCAUCGCAGUCUAUGAAGAGCAAUACGCAGCCGCCCAGCAAUAA